CUUGAUCCACUAGAGACCUCUCGAUCGCCCCUAUGGCGUUACCUGUAGACGAGGGCACGGCUGACACGCCGCUGUCCCCGGCCCAGGACGACUCGGGGAGCUCCUCCUCCGGGAUGUGGGCCGCGCUUUAUGACUACGAAGCGCGCGGUGAGGACGAGCUGAGCCUGAGGCGCGGUCAGCUAGUGGAGGUACUGUCCCAGGACGCCGCGGUAUCAGGAGACGAGGGCUGGUGGGCCGGCCAAGUGCAGCGGCGCCUGGGCAUCUUUCCGGCCAGCUACGUGGCGCCGUGUGGCCCGGUGCCACCGCCCGCGCCGCCCCCGCCGCGACCCUGCUCGCCUGUGCACGUAGACUUCGAGCGUCUGGAGCUCAAGGAGCUGAUCGGCGCCGGCGGCUUUGGCCAGGUGUACCGCGCAACCUGGCAGGGCCAGGAGGUGGCGGUGAAGGCGGCGCGCCGGGACCCCGAGCAAGAUGCGGCGGCGGCAGUCGAGAGCGUACGGCGCGAGGCGCGACUCUUCGCUAUGCUGCGGCACCCCAACAUCAUCCAGCUGCGGGGUGUAUGCCUGCGGCAGCCGCACCUCUGCCUGGUGUUGGAGUUCGCGCGCGGCGGGGCGCUCAACCGCGCGCUGGCGGCUGCCGCACCGGAUCCUCGAGCGCCCGGCCCGCGCCGAGCGCGCCGCAUCCCCCCGCACGUUCUGGUCAACUGGGCUGUGCAGAUCGCCCGCGGCAUGCUGUACCUGCACGAGGAGGCAGUGGUGCCCAUCCUGCACCGUGACCUCAAGUCCAGCAACAUCUUGCUGCUGGAGAAGAUAGAACACGAUGACAUUUGCAACAAGACCCUGAAGAUCACGGACUUCGGGCUAGCGAGAGAAUGGCACAGGACCACCAGGAUGAGCGCAGCAGGAACCUACGCCUGGAUGGCUCCCGAAGUCAUCAGAUCCUCCCUGUUCUCCAAGGGCAGCGACAUCUGGAGCUAUGGAGUACUGCUGUGGGAGCUGCUCACGGGUGAGGUCCCGUACCGUGGCAUCGAUGGACUGGCUGUGGCAUACGGGGUGGCUGUCAACAAACUCACGCUGCCCAUUCCAUCCACCUGCCCUGAGCCGUUUGCAAAACUCAUGAAAGAGUGCUGGGAACAAGACCCUCAUAUCCGCCCCUCGUUUGCCUUAAUUCUUCAACAGCUGACUGCGAUUGAGGAGGCGGUGCUGACCGACAUGCCCCAGGAGUCCUUCCACUCCAUGCAGGAAGACUGGAAACUGGAGAUUCAGCAAAUGUUCAGUGAGCUGCGAACCAAGGAGAAGGAGCUGCGUUCCCGAGAGGAAGAGCUGAGUCGAGCUGCUUUGCAACAGAAAUCUCAGGAAUUGCUGCUUAGACGCCGGGAGCAGCAGCUCGCAGAGCGUGAGAUUGACGUGCUGGAGCGCGAGCUGAACGUGCUCAUCUUCCAGCUGAGCCAGGAGGCGCCUCAUGUGAAGAAGAGGAAGGGGAGGUUCAAGAGAGGCCGGCUGAGGCUCAAAGACGGCCACCGCAUCAGCCUGCCUUCAGAUUUCCAGCACAAGAUCACAGUGCAGGCUUCCCCCACCCUGGACAAGCGCCGGAGCUCAGACAGCCGACUGUGCAGCCCACCCGGCAGCCCCUUGAUGCUCCCCCGCCUCCGGGCCAUUCAAUUAACUUCGGAUGAGAGCAAUAAAACCCGGGGAAGGAACGUGGUCUUCCGACAAGAAGACUUUGAAGAUGUGAAAAGGAAUUUCAAGAAAAAAGGUUGUACUUGGGGACCAAGCUCCAUUCAAAUGAAGGAAAGACCAGAAGGCCGAGAGCGGGUCAGACCUCUCUCAGAUGGCAACAGCCCUUGGUCAUCUCUUUUAAUAAAAAGCCAGAAAACCACACCCUUGGCUUCACUGUUUGUGGACCAGCCAGGAUCUUGUGAAGAGCAGAAACUUGUCCCUGACGGACUGGAGCAUAGAAAACCAAAGCAAGCGAAGUUCCCUGGUCAGGCCUAUGUUGGUCUACCUCUUUGCAAAGACAGCCACAGAGAAGACUCAUUAGAGGCUGAGAGUUGGGAGGAGGGACCCUCAAAAGGCUCCCCAGUGAACAAUGUGGGUGCCCCCACGCUGAAGAAGAAAACAGAGUCAGCUUUGUGUGAGUGUGGGGUGCUGCUGGCGUCGAUGGCUUUGGGACUGGAUGUCAGGAAACUACAUGGAGCCCAGCCCCCCACAAAACCAUCACCCAAGGAAGAAAAGAAGGGAGAGGGCACCCUCCAACCUGUCUCCAGGUGCCAAGCAAAUACCAGUUCACUUCUGAGGCAGUCAUCUGCAGUCAGGGCACCCAGCGAUGGCUCCACUCUCCUACCACCAAGUGCCACAAGCCUUUUCUCAAAGUCUUUUCUCUCCACAAAGUGUUUGCUGCAGGCUGAUGAGGAGGAGCCACCUUUGGGGACCACUCGGAUCUCUUGUAGUCCCACGAUGCUCACUCCAGAUCCUGGUUCUGUCGCACCAGAGAGCGGCUGUGAACUCAUCCCUGGACUGAGACAUAAGACUGACUAUGGUGCGUUGAGAAGCAUGUCACCUGCCAUCCUGGAGCAGACAGGAGAGAGACUGCCAGGUUGUGCCACUGUAGGAGACGAAGAAUGCCACCAUGUGGAGAUGGGAUCUGAAGAAACUCCUCUCUGGCCCCAAAGUGCCCCUGGAGACUCUGGACCACCACACUCUCCCUCCCCUGGACUUCAAAGUGACCUGGCCAGCGAGGAUUCUCCAGUGCAACCCCAAGGUGUUCUGGGCAAAUGCCAGGCCUGCCCUGCCCUGCCACAAAGGCCACGCACUGCUUCAUUGAGAACAUCCCCACCUACCUGGGCCUGUGACAAGGAGCAUGUGGUUCCAGCCUUUGCCUGCUUGCUUGGUGCUCAGGAGAGAAGCAGGUACCAGGCACCUUCCUUGCUGGACGCCAGCUUAGAAGGUCAGAACAAGGACCGCGCCAUGCCCUUGUGUAGAGUGAAGAGCGUGAUGUGCCAGCCAUCCAUCUACGCCCUGGAGAAAGACUUUCUGACCUGAUGACCUCCGCCUUCCCGCUAUCAUCAUUUGAUGCAGGCACACGGAGGCUAUGUUUCAAACUUGUGGUCUAUGAAACUAGAGGUGUAUAACUGACUCUGAGGAGCACUAGUGACCGCUGUUGGCCAUCGUUACCACGGCCGACGCAUGAUAGUUACCCAGUGACUUGAAAUACACAGAAGUUUGAAUGAUUGACAGCGAAGGUGGGGUCGUCCUAGUCGGUUCCUGUGCUUCAGUCUUACGUAUGUCCUGCCCACAAGCACGCACGCAUGCGUGAAACUGCAAUGGCCGAUUGAUCAUCUUUGCUUCCUGCCUUCAUCUUUUUUUCUCUUUUUCUUGUCCUUUGGGGGUUUUGUUUGUUUGUUUUUACACAACAAAAAGCCAAGAAAUAGCUAUUCACAUCUCGGCGAUAAUAAUGUGAUGUUAAAAGUAAACAUAUUUAUUUAUAGAGGGUAAAGGUCCUACUCUCUGGAGUUAAUUCAGAGAACUAUUUAAACUACCCAGAGAAGGCGGUAGCCUUGUAAUGUGCAAGGAAAUGUGUUCGAUUGACUCCCGAGUUACACAAGGAUAGUGCUCUUCCAGGAGGAUGUAACCUAUAAAAGCAUUAUUGAGGCCGGAAGAGAUGGCUCAGCAGUUAAGCAUGCAGAUAGCUCAUUUGGAGGGUCCAAGUUCAGUUCCCGGCACUCAUGUCGGAUGGCUCACAACUGCCUCAGCUUCAAUUCCAGGGCAUCCAAUGGCCUCUUCUGGCUUCACAUGCACACACCACCACACAGACACACACAGACGACACGUAAUUAAAAGUUAAAAUAUUUUAAAACAUUUUAUCGAAUGUAGCUAUAUUGUUAUUUCAGCAUCAUGCAACUGAUAUGCCCUAGUACAACUUAAAGGAAGGAAUUACUUACUUUGCUCGUGGUUUUAGAGGAGUCAGUGCAACUGUGGGAAGGGCCUAGUGGGGUGUCUUCACAUCAUGGUGGACAGAAAGCAGAGGAAGGGGGAAACAGGAAGAAAACAGGGCAAGAUACAGCCCCAGGGAACACCCUCACUGAACUUGUUCUCCUGUUUCUAUAAUCUCACAAUAUGCAGCACCCCUGUGUGGAAACCAGACAAGAAGAGCCUAUGGCAGAUGUUUGAGAUUCAGACCUUAGCAGUGAUUGCCGACCAUCAUUGAGAUCAGACAUUAAUACUUGGCACCCUGUACAAGGCUGCUCUGUAGGUUUUCUGUGUAGAAAUGGUUCAUCAUUAGUAGCCAGAGGUGGGACAUUUCUUCACGCUCCCGUUGUUGGUAUAGGUCCAAACUCAGUGGCGUUGCAUCGUUGCUGAGGUCACCAGGGAGACACUCCCACAAUUCCACCUGGCUACAGGAACUAUGUCAUCAUCUUCAUCCAUAUAAAUAGGCAGAGCUUCCCUGAUCUUUUCUUCUUUCCUCUCCUCCAUCUUCUAUCUCCCUCUCUCUCUUACCCUCCAUUUUUAAUAGACCCCACUCCUGUGGAACCGGUCUUGUUGGUUCUUACACCCAUAGUCUUUAAAAAUUAAAUGAUCCAUGGCUGGCUAUAUUUGAAGAGCCCAUGUGCUGUGCUGUGGACAUGCAUGUUGUGUGGUUGUCUCUCUCCUCAAGCCUGCAGUUUUGCCAACACUAAAAGCAUUGCCUAUGUAGGAGAUGGCGGGACCACCAGGGUUUCCAGUCAGCUUCUCACACUCCAUUGAACUCCGAGUCAACGGGGGCAUCUGUGGGGGUGAGCAAGCAUGGUGGGAAGACACAGAUGACUUCAGCAAGUGACUUUGGAUAGCAGAUGUGAUUAGAAACAACUUAAAGCUAUUCGUGAAUUAUUUUUUGUAACUUCACAGAGAAGGGGCUGCUUCGUUGGGACUGGGUGACUCUUCAAGUGCUCAGUGCCCUUGUCUGGGUCUCUUGAGUACUGUGAUCCCUUUUGUCACCAGAACAUAAUUAUUUUCAAGGCAGAGAGAAAAUACUUAAAUUCCGACACAGUAGGAAACUAAAUUAUUACUAGUCUUUCAUGUUUUAUUUACCGUUGUGUCUUGGCUUACCGAUAACAGCAGGAAUUUAAAGGUGAUUCAGUCAGGUGCGACCUGCAGGGAGGAUCUCACUGCCUGCUCUAGGCAGGUUUCAGGUGCUCAGAGCAAAACCUCAGACUUUCACCAGACUUCCUGUGUUGUUUCCACUCUCCGAUUCUGCUUCACCUCAGUAGUUAUUAAAUGGUGUAACAGGGAUGUAGUUUGUUCGACAUUUGUCGCAUUGGAUAGACCGCUUGGUCUCUUUUCAAGAAAAGCUAAAAGUAAAAGACAUGCCCCAAAUACCCGGUGCACAGAAGGAAAUGUAGAAAUGGUGUGUUCAGCUUUGCUUCUGUCGCAGCUUCCCAUGGAGUGAGUGUAUGGUGGAGAUGGUGAAAUUGGACGUGUCUGUCUGUCUGUCUGUCCGUCAUGCCCUCUCUCAUUCUGUGUUCCAGCCUCCCUUCUCUUUGUUUUGCUCAACUGUGAUGAAUUUUGAGAAGAAGCCAUGCUAAAACAUAAGGAGCUAAUCUGACUCACGGCUGCUGAAGGUUUUCACUGAGAUCCCAGAUUUUCUGUGCCUGCUACACACACAGCAGAACCCGGAUAUUCAUUUUCUGUAGACCUUGGCGAUCCUAAAGAUCAUUUAAUCUGGUUCCUGUUAAUCCAUAUUCUGCUUUUGCCUCCCACAGCAGAGACUCACACCUGGAGCCCAGACACUAUACUCAGAAGCCUGUGGCUGACAAAAAUGUUUACAUAUGUUGUCUAGUUUUGUAAUAAAAUUUUUUUAACAGUU